ACAAGACAAUCACGAAUACCCGAACAACAAGGAAUAGGACAGACUCUACCCCCAGUACCUGUUGGAAUUGAUACUUCUAAUUCUCCUCCUCUACCUCCAGGUGCUAUGCCUCCUGGAACUCGAAUUCAAGUUGGAAAAUAUCAAGUUAUUGUACAUAAUUUUAUAGCAGAAGGU